AUGGGGUCUUGUACUUAGAAACUGAAAAAGGCUAACUAAGAAAAUUUAUAAAAAAGGCAAAUGUAAAAAUCACUAUAAGUUCAACAUUCAAAAAAUUAAUCGAUUCAAACUCAAGAAUCUGUUCAAGAAAAAAAAAAGAAAGAAAAAUUUCUUUAAACUGAUCAAACUCUUAACAUCCAUAAUUUUAUUCUAAUUUAAACAUGUAAAUUGUCUAAAAUAUAUUCAAUUGUAUAAAAUAACAACAAAGAUCAUUAAAUUUCCCUUUAAGGCAAAUAGGUGAAUGAAGAUUAAUAAAUAAUCCAAAAUAAUCUUACUGGAAGGAUUAGAUUAAUGGAAACAGUACGAUUAGAUGAUAAAUAAACUAAAUAAUACAUAGAUAAUCUAUUAGCAAAUAGUUUAGUAUUUUUAAUAUAAAGUAUUUUAAGUCACAUCCUAACAUUUCUUAAAUACAUGAAAUGUUUUAAGACGAAGAUUAUAUUCAUAUAAUUAAAGAUUAUUGUAGCGGAGGGAAAUUGUGUACAUUAACAAUAAAAUAGGGUUAGGGAAUAGAGGAACUUAUAGCUUUAAAAGUUUUAGUUCAAAUGAUAGAAUCUAUGAAUUAUCUUCAUAUGAAAGGAUUAAAUCAUGGCCAUUUGACAUUUAAUAGUUUUUCAAGAAUGGAUGAAUCAGAAAACAAUUAUAUAAAACUCUCAGAUAUUAAACCAAUAUUUAUUAAACCUUAAACUACAUUUGAACAUCUACAAUUUUUUGCUCCAGAAAUAAUUGACAAUGAAUAAGAGUAUUCAAUUGCAAGAGAUGUUUGGUCAUUAGGUAUUAUAUUUUAUAAGCUUUUAACGGGAAAUUUACCAUAUUCAGCUACUUAAUCAAGCAAAUUAAAAUCAGAAAUUAAAAAGGGUAUUAUUUAAUUAACAGAAUUAUAAUUUGAUAAGAUAUCUUCAAGAUCAAAGGAUUUGUUAAAUAAACUACUUUAAUAUAAUCCAUCAAUAAGAUCUGAUCUUAAUUCUAUCAUUAAAUCACCUUUGUAUAGAAAAUUAGUUUCUUAAACUAAAUAAAUUAGUAAAUAAUCUGUAAAUACUUUGACCAAUAUUAAACCAGCAAAUGUUAUAUAAUCAUUGUUUUUAUAAUUUUUAGUUAAUUAAUUUUGUUAAAACUAAUAAAAUGAAAUUUAUUAAAUGUUUAAUAAAUAUGAUUAGAAUGGAGAUGCUAAAUUAAGUAAAAAUGAAAUAUUUGAAUUAAUAUAUUAAUAAACUAGAUCAAAAGAUUAAGCCCAAUAAUAAGUUGAUUAAAUAUUUUAAUUUAUUGAUACUGAUCAUAAUGGUACAAUAGAUUGCGAUGAAUUUAUUAGAUGUAUUGUCGAUAGAUAAGCUUUAAUCACAACUCCUAAUUUAAAAGUGAUUUUCAAAAUGUUAUCAAAUGGUAAAGGAUCAAUACAUAAGAAACGAUUCAUGUAAUGUUUCUAAGUUAAUCAAAAUUAAACUGAUGAAAUGUUUGCUUCAAUCACAAAAUCAAAGAGAAUCACUUUCAAAGUUUUUUCCAAGACUAUGAUGUAACUUGUUUGA